CUACGCCACCAGGGUUUCCAAAACAGUAUACAGUUACAGUAAUCAAAACAGCCUGGUGCUGGUGUAACAAUAGACACAUAGACCAAUGGGAUAGUAUUGAGAGUCCAGAAUAAACUCAUACAUCUAUGGCCAACUGGUUUUUGACAAGGGUGCUAAGUCCAUUUGAUGGGGAAAGAAGAGUAUCUUCAAUAAAUGGUGUUGGGAAAAUUGGAUUUCCACAUGCAGAAAAAUGAAAGAGGAUCCACGCCUCUUGCCACACACAAAAACAAAUUCAAAAUGGAUUAAGGACCUAAAUGUGCAAACUAAAACCGUAACAUUCUUAAAAGGAAAAGCAAGGACAGUGAUGUCGCACCUAGUUUUUAACAAUGGAUUAGCAAAUAUAACAACGAAAGCACAAACCGCAAAAGACAAAAUAAAUAAAUGGGACCUCAUAAAAAUUAAAAAAUUUUGUUCAUCUAAAGACUUUUCAAAACAGUGAAAAGAUAAGCUACCUACUGGAAGAAUAUCUUUGGAAAUCAUAUAUCUGACCAGAUUCUAGUAACCAAAAUAUAUAUAAAACUUCAGCAACUUAACAACAGAAAGAGAAAUAAUCUAAUCAAAAAAUGGGCCAAGGACUUGAAUAGACAUUCCACCCAAGAGGACAUUCAAAUGGCCACCAAACACACACAAAGAUGCUCAAUGCCAUUAGGCAUCAGAGAGAUGCAAAUCAAAACCACAACGAGAUACCAUUUCACUAUGACUAGGAUGGCUAAGAUGAAAACAAAAACAGAAAAUAACAAAUGCUGGUGAGGAUGGGGAGAAAUUGGAAACUUAUCCAUUGCUGGUGGGAAUGCAAAAUGGUACAGCCAUUGUGGAAAACAUUGUAGUGAUUUCUUUAAAAAUUAAAAAUAGAACUACCAUGAAAUUCAGCAAUUCCACUCCUAGGUAUAUACCCAGAAGACUUGAAAGCGGAGACUCAAACAGAGCCUAGUACACCAAUGUCCACUGCAGCACUAUUCACAAUAGCCAAAAGGUGAAAACGACCUAAAUGCCCAUCAACGGACGAAUGGAAAAACAGAAUGUGGUACGUACAUACAGUGGAAUACUACUCAGCCAGCAGGAGAAAUGAAGCCUUGAUACAUGCUACAGUGUGGAGGGAGCUUGAAGACAUUAUGCUGAACGAAGUAAGUCAAUCACAAAAGGACAAAUAUUGCAUGAGCUCACUUAUACAAAAGAACAAGAACAGUCAAAUGUAUAGCGUUUAUCAGUGGUUACUUUUUUUUUUUUUUACCAGGGGCAGGACGCGUGGGGGUGGGGAGAGAUUACGGUUUACGGGACACCGAGUUUUGGGUUACAGUGAUGGAAAAACCCCAUUGGUUGAGGGUAGGGUUGCACAGCCAAUGAAUGUAACUGCCGUCAAUGAGUUGUACCUUUGUAAAAUGUUGACUAGGCAAAAGUUGUGAGAUAGAUGUGUUUACGACAGGGAGAAAACAAAGAAAAGAGAGUAGCUGCAGAGGCUGCUUACGUCCAGCUAAAUAUCUAAUGGGUUUUGGUUCCUUGGUUUGGAGGUUUAGGGUCAUGGUUUCAUGGAAUAUCCCAGUUAACUGGCCUAAUAACUUGUUUAGUGGUUCUGUUCUACCUUCUAGUUCAUUGCUUAGUGCCUGGGGUUUUACAAGCUUGCAAGUGUCCAUCCAAGGGACAGCAAUUGGUUUCUAUUUGCCUGGAGCAACAGAGGAAGAAAAGUCAGGAAUAGGAGGAGGAAAUGGAAUGCGUGGCUAAUUGCCUCUAUGAACAACUGCUCCCUUUGCCAUGAGACCAGAACAGGAUGGUGCCCGACUAUCACUACUGAGCAUUUUAAUCAAAGAUUCUAUAGAAGAAUCUUAAUCAAGAGGGAAAAAGCUCAGGACAGAAGUUCAAGUUUCCAUGGAAUCCAGACUUCCUGGAUCAAUGGGAGCUGCAUGAACCCCUGAAAACUAUUGCCCUGAGAUAAUCUUCAAACCUUAAACCAAAAAUACCCCCUGUAGUCUUCUUAAAACCAUAGUUUAGCUUAACUAGUAAAGAAUGUUUACCACGAGCACUAUGCUCUUUUAAGCUCUAUCUAUAUGGGAUCGAAUUGACAAUAGCAAUUUGAAAGACUAGAUAGGAAACUUAGGGGACAGCGAGUUUAUGUUAGUGGGGAAGGAACAACUCAAAAAAGAAGGGUGAGAAUGGUUGCACAACUCGAAGAAUGUAAUCAAUGUCACUAAAUGGUACACGUAGAAAUUGUUGAAUUGGUGUAUGUUCUGCAGUGCAUAUUCACAAAAACAACAGAAAAUACUUACCGAACACCCACUAUGCAACACGCAGUGAACGAGGCCCACAGAAACCUUGGCUCUUGAAAGGGUAAUGUUCUAUCAGUGGAGAUCACCAAUGUGAUGUCGCAGAGUCACAGGGGCUCCGAAUAAACACCAUGCAGGAUUAGUACAGAGAGAACUACUGGGGGCAGGGGAGGUGCCGGUUUCACCGGAGGGAUCAAGGCCGACUCUCUGAGGACGUGAUCGUGGACAGAGACCUGAACUACCGGGUGGACGGUCCAAAGCAGAGAAGAUCUUGAAGAUGUCUCCCUUAACACCCAGCUUUGCUCUUCUCCCAGAUGCUCGUCACAGGAUAUAAAGUGGAACUCCUUUUCAUUCUUUGCUCAGUUCUGUCAGUUUCAGUGUUUCCCAAUUAUCAAACCCUAGACAGUUUUUUUUUUAGACAGUAGGUGACAAGAUUUUCUACAUUUAGAGUGAGGUGCUGGAUCAUGUAGGAAGGGUUUGGAAAGGAGGCAACCAAGAAUCAAUUUAGUGACUUGGAGGUAUAAAAGGCUUAAAAACCACAAACCCUUUGCUGUCAAGUAGAUUCCGACUCAUAGCAACCCCAUAGGACAGAGUAGAACUGCCCCGUGGGGUUUCCAUGGAGUGGCCGGUGAGUUUGAAAUGUUGACCUUUUGGUUAGGAGCUGAGUUCUUAACCACUGUGCCACCAGGGCUCCAUAAGGGGUUAGGGCAGGAAACUAGAGAAUUUCUUUGGAGGAAGUUAUUGGUAUGCUGAGAAUCCCAUUUCCUACCACCACAAUCCUCCCCUGGAGAAGGGGUGAGGAUGCUACAUCCCACCAAAAGCCUCAUGAGAGGGGCUUCCAGGAGGCCACCCAGAGAAGCUUGUUGUAGAUGUGCUGGAAUCUGAGAGGGGUAUAGCGGCCUGGUGACUGACACACACAUCUAAGAAAACUGAAGUUGAGAGGCUGUGGCUAUCAGUCUGAAGUAGCAGAGGGAGACAGACAGACAGAUGGAGAGACACGCGCAGAGUUGGAAACACAGAAUCACAGUAACAGAGGACUUUCCUUCUCAUGAGCCAGAUGCGAGCCACUUCUGAGAGGAAGUCAGCCUAGAGCUCCUUUAAAUCUUGUUCUUCUGGGUCUUCCUGGUAACCCCAGUAGUGAGAUGAACAGAGGCUGAGGGAAGGAACUCAAGUAGCCAGGGGAGGAAAGCACAUCCCCCAUGCCUGAGUGCCAUCCCGCGUCCCUACACAGGUGCCCAGGAAGGAGUUGGCUUCCAGUCACACAGCUCAAGAGACGCAGAGUGGAGGCCACCACCCGUUACUCCCGUGCCUCUCCUCCUUUGCCCUCCUGUCAACACGGAACGGGUCAGAAACCACUGUCAUCAAGCUAGAAGGGCAAGGAGAAGCACAGGCAAGAAAAUGGAGGACCCGACGGCACUGGGUGACUGGGUUGUCCUCACCAAAGAUGUCCGCAGCCUGCACAAGCUGAGGAGGGGAGAAGCUUUACCUCAGACAGAAGUUUUCAUUGUCCUACAUAUUAAUUUUCGAUGGAGAUGAUUUGGGUGACUAAAGUGACAGAAGCACUUUUUGUUAUCUAGGAGUGAGCCAAUAAGGCACAGGGCCUGCCCACAAUUUCAUGCAGGAGUAAGACAGAGUUAGCCCCAGAAUAGGCCUGAAUGGGGGAGCAGGUGGGUGGGAGAGGGGAUAAAGCUGUGUUCUACUUGCACCCUACGAGUCUGUUCCUUCAAAGUCCUGGCUGCAUACUCCCCACCCUGCCCAGAAACAAAACAAAACAAAACAGAUUUCUACUCAGCUGUAGGCUGAGAUGCCCCAUUAGCUGCUCACCCAAGCUGCUAGUGCCUCAGGCUAAUGGCCCUACAACCGCGCCCUUCUUUCUCCCUUCCGGCUCAUUGCCCAUCCUGGGCAUCCUUGCUCAGCCCAGUGAGGGGGACUCCUGAGCCUCAGAGACAUCUGGCCAUGCCAAGAGGAGCUCUUCUCUGAUGCUGUGAGACCCAAGGACGUGGAGGAAGUUGAUUGAGGAGCUGAGGAGGCCAGCACCGGCCUCAUGGACCUGCCUCCGCAGCUCUUCUUUGCCCUCUAUGUGACUGCCUUUGCACUGGGCUUCCCGCUCAACGUGCUGGUCAUCCGAAGUGCCGCGUCCCAUGCCCGGCUCCGCCUCACUCCCAGCCUUGUCUAUGCCCUCCACCUGGGCUGCUCUGACCUCUUGCUGGCAGUCUCUCUGCCCCUGAAGGCAGUGGAGGCCCUGGCUGAGGGGGCCUGGCUUCUGCCAGCUGCCCUCUGCCCUGUCUUUGCCCUGGCCCACUUCGCUCCCCUCUAUGCAGGUGGGGGCUUCCUGGCUGCCCUGAGUGCUGGCCGCUACCUGGGGGCAGCCUUCCCCUUGGGCUACCAAGCCAUCCGGAGGCCAUGCUACUCCUGGGGUGUGUGUGCGGCUAUAUGGGCCCUUGUCCUCUGUCACCUGGGUCUGGUCUUGGGGUUGGAGGCUCCAGGAGGCUGGAUGGACAAUGCCACCAGUUCCCUGGGCAUCAGCACACCAGUCAAUGGCUCUCCAGUCUGCCUGGAGGCCUGGGACCCAACUUUAGCUGGCCCUGCUCGCUUCAGUCUCUCCCUCUUGUUCUUCUUCCUGCCCUUGACCAUCACAGCCUUCUGCUAUGUGGGCUGUGUCCGGGCACUGGCCCACUCAGGUCUGAGCCACAGACGGAAGCUGAGGGCAGCCUGGGUGGCUGGGGGGGCUCUGCUCACUCUGCUUCUCUGCCUCGGGCCCUACAAUGCCUCCAAUGUGGCUGGCUUCCUGCGCCCCGACAUGGGAGGUGGCUGGCGGAAGCUGGGGCUUAUCACAGGUGCCUGGAGUGUCGUACUCAACCCACUGGUGACUGGUUACUUGGGAGGGGGGACUGGCCAGUGGGUAGCAUGUGUGGCAAAAAUGCAAGAGAUGACAUCUCAGAAGUAG